UGACCCCGUGGCCGCAUAGCCACAACUUCAGCCGAGAGCUCACUCACCGCACCCUCAUAACUAUCAGACUUCGCACACUACUAUUCAUCCAUGUCUUCGUUAUCUUCCGCCCUCCCUGACAGACGGCGUCGCGCAAUGCACAGGGGGGCUGCGCUCGUGCUGUUCUUCGCGUACGCGACGAUCACGCAUGCCUCGGAGAUCAGCACCUCCGAUCGCGCGCUCGAAUCACAGGCGCGUAAAAGUGUCGACUGUGUAGACACGUUCUUGGUGCAGACCUCAGGGGCCGUGUCGCACGAGGAGCACAAAUACACUCGGGACGGUCAUUCCCAGCACACUUCGCUCCACACUGGAACAUUGUCGCGACUGUUUGCAUCAGUGCGGGAGUUUUUCGUGCAUGAAGCAGCAACACCAGCACCGACUGUAUGUGUGGAUACUGAAGCUACGAAUCGUAUGGGUAACGGAUGUGAUGCUUAUGCGUACAAUCACUCAGAGCCAUGGGACGGUAUCUGUUUCGACCCUUACUAUCGAAGCGGCAUGGUGGCGGAUGACGAUGAUGACUUCACCUCUGCAACCUCGUGUUGCGUGUGUCCUGAAGCGUGUCCGCCGCCAGAGCCAAUGAUCCGCCCUGUGGUCUGUGAGGAUUGGCUUGAACUUGUUAAGGUUCACGCUGCUGGCAUCAAUGCACCCGCUAGGGCGUCUCAUUCGAAUCUUGGUGGCAUGGGUCCAGAUUCGGCUAACCCCAGGGAGCUUAGAUACUAUGGAGUCGGGCUUCUUCCGAACGGGGUGCUGUACGACUUAGUGCUGGUCAAUACAAGCGCUUAUGUCCCCAGGAAUACCAACUGGAACCAGGUUAACAGUGGAGGAUGGGCGGUGGUGAAUCUUCUUGUUGGGGAGAGGACAACCCUUAAGGCAGAGUUCGUGAGAUACCACACCUUCUGUCCUGAAGUCCCAUUGUCGCCUAAGAUCACGGUCUGCGGCAUUGACCACGCGCACGAUGGGGAGAACGAGGUCUACUUUCUCGACGGCAUCACCGCUAUCUACACGGUUGACGACGACCUCGAGUAUGAUUUGGAAUUGUACGAUUUUGGGACUACGACAUCUGAGAACCCAGUUCUACUGUCAGCGUACAACACAGAAUCGGUUCAAACGAAGAUUCCGGGCAGGACGUCCCGAAAGUAUACUUCUAGCGCUGGUGGCAAAUUUGGGAUCAAAGUAACUUCUCAGAUGUACGGCGCUGGUUGCCACAUGCCGACUGGUCCCACGUUGACCAACGUUACUUGUUACGAUCACACCGUGGACCAAGCGAAGCGGUGUUUCAUGGUCGAGUUCAACAACACGAGCGAGUUCGAAAUCGGUUUCCAGAUUCUCACUUUCCAUCCCGAAGAUCACGUUCAUAUUUGGGGCCGCAACUUCCUCUUUUCUGGGACGUCCGAUUAUUUCGUGGAAGAUGACGCCGCGACUUGUCUGCCCACGGCUAGAGAGUAUUUCGAAAGUCUGGUCACCCCUGCACCAACGCCGUCGCCAACAGGAUGCGUGGAUACUGAGGCUACGAACGGUAUGGGCAAUGGGUGUGAGGUUUAUGCGUACAGCAACUCAAACCCAUGGGAUGGUAUUUGUUUCGACCCUUAUUAUGACGAUGAUGACUUCACCUCUGCAACCUCGUGUUGCGUGUGUCCUCAAGUGUGUCCGCCGCCAGAGCCAUUGAACCGCACCGUGGACUGUGAGGAUUGGCUUGAAUUUCUGAAUGUUCACGCUUCUGGCAUCACUAAGCCCGUUAGGGCGUCUCAUUCAAAUCUUGGUGGCCUGGGUCCGCAUGCGGAUAAACCCAAGGAGCUAAGAUGGUAUUCAGUCGGGCUUCUUCCUAAUGGGGUCCUGUACGAUUUAGUAAUGGUCAAUACAAGCGCUUACGUUCCCGCGAACACCACUUGGAACCAGGUUCAGAGUGGAGGUUGGGCGGUGGUGAAUCUUCUUGUUGGGGAGAGGACAACCCUCAAGGCAGAGUUCGUGAGAUACCACACCUUCUGUCCUGAAGUCCCCUUGGUGCCCAAGAUCACGAUCUGCGACAUCGAUCGCUACCUACCUGGGGAGAACGAAGUCUACUUUCUUGACGGCGUCUCCGCUAUCUACACGGUUGACGACGACAUCGAUUAUGACUUGAAAUUGUACGAGUUUGGAACUGCGACAUCUGAGAGUCCAGUUCUGUUGUCGUCGUACAACACAGAGUCGAUCCAAACAGCGAUUCCGGGCAGGACGUCCCGAAAGUAUACUGCUAGCGGUGGUGGCAAAUUUGGGAUCAAGGCAACCUCUCAGAUGUUCGGCCACGGUUGCGACAACCCGACUGAUCCCAAUUCGUUGACCAACAUCACUUGUUUCGCUGCCAACCAUACAGUGGACCAAGCGAAGCGGUGUUUCAUGGUCGAGUUCAACAACACGAGCGAGUUCGAAAUCGGUUUCCAGGUAAUUACCGUCCAUCCCGAAGAUCAGGUUCAGAUUUUGGGCCGCAACUUCCUCUUUUCUGGGACGUCCAGCUACUUCGUUCAAGAGAACGCCGCGACUUGUCUGCCCACGGCUAAAGAGUAUCUGGAGAGUCUGGUCACCCCUGCACCAACGCCUUCGCCAACAUCAUCUCCGACUCCGUCACCGACGCCCGCACCGACGCCUGCACCGACUUCAUCUCCCACUCCGUCACCGACGCCUGCUCCGACGCCUGCACCGACGCCUGCACCGACGCCUGCGCCGACGCCCAACCCGACACAGGAGGGCACCCACCGCUUCGCCCACCAGCGAGCCCACAGCUGCACCAACGGGUGCGCCGACACCGUCUCCGACCUCCUCUCCGACGGCCGCACCGACAGCCAUGCCGACGCCUGCCCCGACGGCUGCACCGACACCAACUCCAACCCUGUUUCCGACGCCCGCGCCGACAUCUGCGCCGACGCCCGCCCCGACAGCUGCGCCGACAUUCCCGCCGGUCGGUGGCAUAGGGGGUGUGGUCAACCCACACGCGGUUGGCGACCCGCAUUUGGUCAAUGUGCACGGGCAGCACUUCGACCUGAUGAAGCAAGGCGUACACGCGCUUCUUCACGUGCCUCUCAUGGCAUCCCGAUCCAAGGUGCUCCUCCACGUGGACGCGGACGCCCAGCGGGUGGGGGGCGCCUGCGCGGACACGUACUUCAUGAGCAUCAACAUCACGGGAAAUCGGGGAUGGUGGAGCAGAAGAUCCACGCGCUCGGACGUCCCUCCGGCACGGGCCUCUCCUACCGAGCGGGCACGGGGGCGGCCCACACGGGCACGAAGUGGAUGGCCUUCGGGAGGAUCUCCCUGAAGGUGGUGCACGGCCGCACCAAGACAGGCGUGGCGUACCUGAACUUCUUCGCCCGCAACCUGAAGCACGCGGGCCACCUCGUGGGCGGGCUUCUCGGGGAGGACGACCACGAGGAGGCGGCCACCACGAGCAGCGCCUGCAGGCGCGUCAUCGAGAGCUGAGAGCUGGCACGGCGACCCCGGCCCGCCCCCUCUCCCGCCCCUUUCGUGGGGUCGAAGAGGGAGCUUCCUGUGCGCAGCCGCAGCGCCGCGGCGUAGCCUCCCAGGGCCACGGCUCCCCCCCUGCGUCGGGCACGCUUGGCGCCGCCGAGGCGCCCGCAACAGCCGGCCCCUCGAGGAAGCCUUUCGCCGCCACCGCCGCCGCCGCCGCCGCCCGGAGCGCGCCGGCCUCCGUGUUAACACGCUGCGGGCUGCGUGGUGCGCAUCGGAGCAGCGAAGCUCCUGCGGGCUGGUUCGCACGCGCAGGAGGACCAGCCUCAAGCGUGCCCCUGUCCCUGAGACUGGCUCGGCGACGACAUCGACGAGACUCCCUCGGCUUGCGGACGGGGGCAUCCCGACGAUUGGCCACCGCCUCGGGCUGGUCGCUUCUGGAGGCCUCGGGUCGCCGCCGCUGUCGCCGUCGUUGUCGUCUUCGUCGCCGUCGCCUUCGUCUUCGUCGCCCUCGCCGUCGUCGUCGUCGUCGCCGUUGCUUCUCGUCGGCGUCGCCCUCGUCGUCUCCUGUCGUCGCCGUCGUCCUGUCGCCCUCCCGGCUGCUCCCCCCCCGGGGCGUCUCCUCCCGCCGCCCUCCUCCCUCUCCCCGUUUCCCUCGCCUGGCUGAUGUUGUUUCCCCAUCGCUCCGCCCUCCUUCGUUUUAAUCUUAGAAAGCGGGCCUGAGCUGGUCUACGCUGCAAUCUGCCAGCCCUGCUCGUCUUCCUUCUCAUGGCCAACUCUCGGCGCCCCUGCGCCGCUUCUUUGGGGCCACCUGCGUGUGGACCGUAGGCCGUUCCUUCCUCCAUGCGUACUGUGCGUGUGUAUCAAGACCAUCAUGUCGUCACUACCUCUAGCGACGACUGGUGGCGAUCAGCUGCGGCGACUGGCUGCAGCUUCUAGCUGCUGUCAGAAAACAGUUUGACGGAGCAACCAGUUCACCG